CUGUGCCUGCCUAGGCCAGUCGCCAUGUAGAUUUUUUUGAUGUGGGUGUUGUGUCUCAGGAUGUCGAGCGCUUCAAUGAUUACUAUUUUCAAGUGGACGUUUUGAAUUUUGUGUAUAUCGUCAUCUAAACGAUUCGUGGUGUUUAGUGUUAGUGGACAAUAUUUAUUCUUUGUGCUUGUGAACGAUUCGGUUCGGUGACGGCGAAUAAUCUCUGGAGGGGGGCUGCUAAAAUACUACAAUAGGAUAGUAACAACGUUUUACAACUCGCUAGAAGUGUUCGGAGCGCUCAUAAAAUUUCUCAUAUCGGUGCGGGCGAGGCGAACUUCCAUUUUGUUUUAUUAUGAGGUUUCGUUGUUUACUCGGUGCGUCCACGACAAUGGAAAGAGACGGAUCACGGCCACAAUGACUCGGCAGUAGGCGGGCAUGCAGCGAGCCGCCGCGGGCGGCGCUCCGCAGCCGCAGCCCUCCGCCGCCGCCCCCGCGCACCCUCGGCGUCUGCACUCGCUCUAUCCGGACAUUGACGACCAGAUACCCGCCUCAGUGAUCAGUAGCGUGGGCACAGUGAGCCUAUCCCAGGCCUCCUGCCCAACCUCCAUCACCAUGGCCAACCCCACCAACCCCGGCACCGCCAGCAGCGGCCAAGCCCAACCGGCCCAGGCCUCUCGCCUCCCCAAAAAACGCAAGUUCGACCCUUCAGAACUUGAAGAAAUGGAGAGAACUUGCACGAAUAAUGUCAACAACGUUGUCGUCUCCGCUCCUCAGGAGUACCAUCCGCAGAUAUACCCUCCACCUAUGCAGCCUUCGCCAAUCCAACCGUCGCCGCCACAAGACAUGAAGUUCUCUCUUUAUCCAAACAUCGACCUAUCCGAAUGGAGAGAUCAUAGAGUCUUAGCCAAGCAGCACAGACUUUAUAUCCCUGGAGUUAUAAGACAGGCAGAAGGUUGCAAGGUUGUUAUAGAACUCGACGGUCAGGAGCAAAGCCCGAUCGUCUACAACGACAUUUUCGGGGCCAACAAAUACGAUGUGAUCAGUGACGCGAGCCCGUUACUCAAUCAUCUGCUGAUAGGGUCGCCAUGUGUGGUGAGGACCACAGAUCCGAGCCGGGAGAGUGUGCAAAACGUUUUUGUGGAAGGACUUGUUGUGGAAGUGCUUAGUUCGCCGAUUAGGAUAAGAGUUAAGCAGGUAGACGGUAUCUGCAAGGAAGCCGUGGAGGUAAAGCGAGCAGACAUCCGCCUGCUGCAGCCUCCUUGGGCCGACGAGCUCGAGGACGCGGGCUCACACGCCGCCACCAUGCACUCGCAACGAGUGUUGGUGCCUAUGCAGAUGAGCGAAAACUUCUACACAUCGUCGCCGCUCGGUGCCGGUCCUGUAGUCACCGUCGGGGCCCUCUCUAACGGCUCAAUGGACGAGCUGCGCAAGAGGCCCUUCGAUGACUACUGCGAGAGCGACGACGAACUACGCAGGGAGGACAUUAUGUUCCCCGACCAGGCGCAUAUGGACUGCAGCAACAGUAAACGCAGCAGCCUGCAGAGCCGCGGCAGCACCUCCAGCCUGCUGGAACGCAGCAUCACACCACGAUCUCAACCCCCCACUCCCAGAUCUCAAGCGGCAACCCCGCACAAAUACAAGAAAGGCGAUGUCGUGUCCACCCCGACCGGCAUCCGGAAGAAGUUCAACGGAAAGCAAUGGCGGCGGCUCUGCUCCAAAGAUGGCUGCUCCAAGGAGAGCCAGCGCCGCGGGUUCUGUUCAAGGCACCUGUCUCUGCGAGGCGUGGCAAGGUCUUCUAACACGCCACUGGCACAGGGCUCAGCGCAACAGAGAAGCAGCAGUAAGUCCCUCUCAUCGAGCGGCACAGGCGUGGAAGGCGACGAGACAUCCCGCGAGUCCGACACGACUCCGCCCAGCUACCGACACGUGGCCGGCCGUUUUGACCCGGAUGAAACUGAGGCGGCAAAUAUGCUGGUGUCACUCGGCAGUUCUCGGUCCGGCAGCCCCGGGCCGUCCCCCUCGGGCUCGCCGGCCGGCGCGGCGCUGCGCAGCAACGUGUUCGUGCCCAUCUCCUCGCCGCAGCCGCCCCGCGCGCCGCCCCCGCACCACGCCGCCCCCUACCCGCAUCUCAUCAGGCCGGAACUGGUUCGGCCGGGCAGAGUGAGUCCGCCCGUCAACAGCGUGGCUACCAGCGUCAUAAGAGUAUCACCGGCUCCUACUUACCAUUACCAGGUGGAAAACCGCAACGGAACCACGACCAUCCAAACAAACAGCAUCAGCCAACCCAACGUGAUCGGCGUCCAAACCUCCGGCCUCAACAUCCAAAGCUCCAUCCAGAACUCGCUCAACUCGCCCGUACCCAGCCUCAGCCUCCCCUCCAGCAUAUCUCUCAACCUGAGCUCCCUCAACGGGCAAAGCUUACAGUCAAGCAUAGCCAACAUCCGCACGGCGAAGCUGGACGAGAUACCGCAUAACCUGGUGAUGCAUAGGACCAUACCGACGUCGAAUGGGAUAGACUUGGAGCAUAUAUAUCGGGCUCAACCGUUGUUGAGGAACGGUAUACAUGAUUAUAGGCGGGAGGAGUCGCCUACUAUGAAUAAUCAUGCGAAUUUUGUGAGGAGUUAUGAGGAUGAAGAUCAGGUUUUACCCUCAACUGAGCACGUGAGGCUAGAAACACGUCCCGAGACGACGGAGACGCGAGUGAUGAAGCCCGCGCCACUCCAAGCAAGGCUGUAUGUCAUACCGCAAGCCACAAACGAGAAGAAAUUCGUGUUCAUAAAAAACGAGCCGGCUGAGACUGUCCAAAUUGAACAGAAAACACAUCAGUUAGCGCAACAUAUGAACAUAAACAUCAACAACAAUGACUCCGACCACGACCAACACAGACCCCUGGAUAACGGGGAUCAUGUGAACACCAGCAACGGCAGCGCAGUGAUCGUGCGGCCCAGCCAGCUGCUGCCCGUGCUGCCGCCGCCCACGCCGCACACUCACAUCAUAGUGUCAACGAGCGGCGUCAGUGGCGGCGUGUUCCCAUGGCAGUCCCUAGUACCGCUCCUAACGGCGUCAUCACCCCCCGCGCCCGCCAGCCCGCGCACGCCACACACGCCGCACACGCCGCGCACGCCGCACACGCCGCACACACCGCACACCCCGCACACGCCGCACAUCAAGCAGGAGGAGAUCAAGACUGAGGGCGUGGACGGCAUAACUUCCAUGUGUACGGAAGAGGACGAGGAGGUGUUUGAGUGCGAGGAACCCAGCGGCGGCGACGAGAGCAGCAAGCGCCGCUCACACAGCCUGUCGUCGCUGCCCGCCGCCGGCCCGCAAGAGAAGAAAGAACACAACCGCAUCCGUCGGCCAAUGAACGCCUUCAUGAUAUUUUCGAAGCGACAUCGACAAAUGGUCCACCAACGGCACCCGAACCAGGACAAUCGCACCGUCAGCAAGAUCCUAGGCGAGUGGUGGUACGCGCUGAAACCAGAGGAGAAGCAGAAAUACCACGAACUGGCCAGCGAGGUCAAGGAGGCUCAUUUCAAAGCCCACCCCGAAUGGAAAUGGUGCAACAAGGAUAGAAGAAAGUCGUCCAGCAGCCGGGACCCCACCGGUUCCAUGCCUCAGAGCCCGCGGACCCCAUCAGAGGGCCCCAAUACGAGCAGCGCCUCCGACCUGCCCGUCACGGUGGCUUCCUUCAACCAUGCUAGUUCACCGCAGCUUAGCGAUGACGAGAAGAUGAUAACCGCGUCUAUCUGCUCGGAGGCGGUGGCGGUGGCACACAACGCGGAGAUGGACCUGAAGUGCGGCGAGCGCGUGACGGACUCGGACUCGGACACGCUGGAGCCGCGCGACUACCUCAAGCACCGCGACACGCGCCGACCCAAGCCCAUCAAGGCCAGAGCCGGCUCGUCUGAUAAUCUGCUCGGCGGCAUAACCGCGUCGAGUCCCGGAGGGUCUAAGGUGUUCCAGCCUACUGGUGGCGCCUUCAAGUCUACACAUGCCGACUCGGAAACCCACCGGCAAUGGAACGCCUACGCGCACAACAAGAUCAACCACGUGCCCGCCUCGCCGCACAGCACCGCCGCCAUCACCAGCAGCGUGCAAGGAAUAUCACUCUCCACGCCCAACCUUACCACCCAAGCUGCUCUGGACAACGCCAUCGCGUCGCUCAUGUCGCCAACACCGACCUCUGGCGUGCAAGUUAUAUCCAGCGGCGUCUCGAAUGUGCAGUCCGUGCCUCAAGGGAACCUGAGCAAUGCGUUGUUAAAGAGCGUGACGCUGGUCAAACGCAGCGUUGGCGACAACGCCACGGGUCCACUGACGCUAUCCGUGGACGCGUCAGGCAACCUGCUGCUGAAGGCCAGCCAGGCCGGCGAGGCGCCGUCGGAGCCGCAGCUACACUACGUCCAACUGCAGAGGCUCUAUGUACCCUCCUUCAGUACUGAAGUUGAACCGCCCAAGAGUCAAUGCCAAACCGUACAAGGUCAGGGUCCAGGUCAGUCUGUGAUAGUCUCUCAGAACAACAUGAGUGAACAACAACAGAAACCCAAUGCGCAAUGGGAGAGCCCCGGUCCCGCGGAAGAGGCCCGUCCGUUCCCGCUCGCGCCCACGCCGGCGCAGCUCGGCCGCGCGCCGCUGCAGAAGCGACUCAGCAGAGGUAACAGCACGUCGACCGGGUCCGCGGGGGAGGCGGGCGGGUCCGCGCCGGCGUCGCCGCGCGAGCCGGACCCCAAGAAGAGCCUCUUCAAGAAGGGCACCGAGGACGGACGCGACAAGGUCCUGGAAACUGUGAACUUCGAGCAAAAAUUCAGUACACUACCACAAUUCAAGCCCGAGGGGUGCAGCCCCAGCGUCGUGGUGCCGAGCAGCCCGCAAUUAUAUCUUAGAAAGAAGCAUACCAACAGAAUAGAAGAGGAGGUGCCGUCGAUGCCGGUGCCGAUGCCGAUGCCGAUGCCGGUGCCGGAGCCGGAGCCGCCGGCGAGCGGCGCCAUGCCCACGCCGCACUCGUACGGCACGCCGCACACCACCACCAAGCUGGUCGGCAACACUUUCUUCGGGCCCGACUUCAACUUGGACACUUUUAGAGUAUCAGAGAGCAUGGAAGAGAUGUCGCCGCGCACGCCGUGUACACCGGGUGGAGCACGAGGGGAGGCUGGGCACAGGCGGGUCCUAGAGCAACGCCGACACCUCGUGCUGAAGCUGUUUCAGGAGCACGGAAUGUUCCCCACCACGCAGGCCACCACACACUUCCAGGCGACGCACAUGGACAUAUUCCCGAACAAGAUGUCUCUGCAGCUAAAGAUCCGCGAGGUGCGACAGAAACUCAUGGCGCAGUCCAACCUCACUCCGCAUUCCGACAUCAAUACGCCUACUAACGUGAACUCACCCAUGUCCGCGCUGCAGCCCACGUCCACGGCCAGUUAGCGCUGCGGCCUCACCGUCUCCAUCGUGGUGCGCGAGUAACACCACACACACACGCUGACGGUUAGCACACACUUCCCACACAUAAAAUUGUGUUCUGAAGUCGUAGGCUGUUUACGAUAUGCCAAGCUAACUCUGCAUAGCCUCCUAAGGCCCACGGUCCUACUUCAAGGUACUUCUUCAGAUCGAUGAAAUUUAAAUCCUAUACAAUGAACAGAGUCGCUUUUAUAA